GUGAAAGGCAACCAAUUCCAUCAAAAUAAGAUUGAUGAGUUAGAAAAAGCUAGUGAAAACGACAUAAAUCUUUUCUGGAAGUUACUUAAAAAUUCGACAGACGAUCUUGAGAGCGAUAAAAAUUUCAAAAAUUCGCCUAAAGAUAGUGAAUGGUAUACACAUUUUGAACAACUACAUUGCAAACACCAAAUAUCUAAUAAAGAACAUGAAGAAAUCAUUGAAAAUUUGAAACAUAGUGAAAACUCCAAAAAUCUACUCGAUGAACUUGAUACAGAAAUUACAACCAAAAAAGUAUUUAAUGCAGGAAAGAAAAUAAAAAUAAAAAAAAAAACUGCAUACGCGAUCAAAUAG